AUGAACAACCACCACAUCCUCAUCCGCCGAAUACAACCACUCCGGUCCCUCCGACGCCAACCACCACGAAGAAACCUCUCCUCGACCCCUCGAAAUGCAGAACCUCACCACAACUCCGUUCCUGAGAAACCCCACCCUCCAGCGAACAACCCACAGCCGGCUCCCACAGUGCCUGGCCCAGUCGCAUCGACCACCGCCACCGCCCCCGGAUCGGUAUCCGCAUCGCGAGCAUUCAUCCAGAGAAUCCAGGCUGGCCCCGUUGGACGAGUGGCGCGAGCGUAUGCGCGUGUGCAGGAGAGACGACCCUACCGGACGCAAGUGAUCAGUACGAUUGUGGUGUAUCUGUGUGGUGAUUUGGGUGCGCAGUUGUUGUUUCCACCGGAUAAUGGUUCACCCCGGGAGGAGCAGACGGGAGAUCAGAAGGAAGAAGCAGGGAGUAACAGUGGCGGAGUAGUUGGAGGAGGGUAUGAUCCGUGGCGGACGGUGCGGCAUUUAACGGUGGGAGUGGGAAGUGCGAUUCCGACGUAUAAAUGGUUCAUGUUCCUGCAUCACAACUUCAACUACUCGUCCAAGUUCCUCUCCAUCCUGACCAAGGUCUGCGUGCAACAGGCGGUGUUCACUCCCGUGUUCAAUACCUAUUUCUUCGGUCUGCAGUCGUUGAUGACGGGCAAGUCGUUGGAGGAGACCUUUGAGCGGCUCAAGGUUGCUUUACCGACGAGUAUUUCGAAUAGUGUGAAGCUGUGGCCGGCUGUUACGGCUUUCAGCUUCAUGUAUGUGGCGCCUCAGUUCCGGAGUAUCUUUUCUGGUGUCAUUGCUGUUGGGUGGCAGACGUAUUUGAGUUGGUUGAAUCAGAAGGCGGCGCGCAAGGUCGAGGCAGAGAGGACGGCGUCGGUGGAGGUGAGUGCUGGUGUUGGCGCGGUGGCUAUGAAGGCAUAA